UGGCAUUUUACAACAAUACGUAAACCAUUUCCCUUGUGUUUAUUAUAUUAACACACAAUUUUUUUAAAGAAGCCACUCAGUCACUCCUCUGCUUUGGAAACUUCACUCUUUUCAUAAGUGAAGGUGUUUCGACGCAGAGAAGCGUCAGGAAUUCAUAGAGAAUAAGUUUUCUGGUCAAACUUUUUGAGAGGGGAAGAUGGAUUACAUGUAUGGACCAGGAAGGAACCAUUUGUUUGUUCCAGGGCCGGUUAGUAUUCCGGAACCAGUUAUCCGAGCAAUGAAUCGAAACAAUGAGGAUUACCGUUCUCCAGCUAUUCCAGCUCUGACAAAAACUCUUCUUGAGGAUGUCAAACAGAUUUUCAAGACCACUACAGGAACUCCUUUUCUUUUCCCAACCACAGGUACCGGUGCUUGGGAGAGUGCGCUUACCAACACAUUAUCUCCUGGAGAUCGAACUAUUUCAUUCCAGAUUGGACAAUUCAGUUUGCUUUGGAUUGACCAGCAGCAGCGUCUCGGAUUUAAUGUUGAUGUGGUUGAAAGCGAGUGGGGUCACGGUGCCAAUCUUGACAUUCUUGCAUCAAAACUUGCAGCAGACACUGCACACACUAUUAAGGCAGUUUGCAUUGUCCAUAACGAGACAGCAACUGGAGUUACCAACAACUUGGCCAAAGUGAGAAAGAUACUUGAUGACUACAGGCAUCCCGCUCUUUUUCUGGUCGAUGGAGUGUCUUCCAUAUGCGCGCUUGAUUUCCGUAUGGAUGAAUGGGGAGUAGAUGUGGCUUUGACCGGAUCUCAGAAGGCUCUUUCUCUUCCAACUGGAAUGGGAAUUGUGUGUGCAAGCCCCAAAGCUCUUGAAGCAUCAAAAACUGCAAAAUCAGUGAGAGUGUUCUUUGACUGGAAGGACUACUUGAAAUUCUACAAACUCGGAACCUUUUGGCCUUAUACUCCUUCCAUUCAAUUGCUUUAUGGACUUAGAGCAGCUCUUGAUCUCAUUUUCGAGGAAGGACUCGACAAUGUGAUCGAACGACAUGCUCGUCUUGGCCGAGCAACUCGGCUUGCUGUGGAGGCAUGGGGGUUGAAGAACUGUACUCAAAGUGAGGAAUGGUUCAGUGACACAGUGACUGCAGUUCUGGUUCCUCCACAUAUUGACAGUGCCGAAAUUGUAAGGAGGGGAUGGAAACGAUACAACCUGAGCUUAGGUUUGGGUCUUAACAAAGUUGCUGGCAAGGUUUUCAGAAUAGGCCAUCUUGGCAACGUAAAUGAGCUGCAAUUGUUGGGUUGUCUGGCCGGAGUGGAGAUGAUACUGAAGGACGUAGGGUACCCGGUGAAGCUCGGAAGCGGAGUAGCAGCAGCCUGUGCUUAUCUGCAGAACAGCACCCCUCUAAUUCCUUCCAGGAUUUGAUUUUAUAUUCUUAUAGUUAAUUUCUUGUUAUCCACGUAAGACAAAUUCUUGUAAAAUAUGCAUACUUUUUUCUUCUUGUGCUCGUACUCUUUCUGAGGUUCAUAUCAUCUUCUAUGUAAAUCUUUGCUUCUUAA